AUGUAUGCGACGUGUAUCCCACUGUACAACCGGAUCAAACCCACGAGUCAGCCCACCAAGAGCCAGAUAGAUGCGCUGAUACCUGUGUCCGCACGCUGGAAAAGAGAUAACUACAACCACCUCUUCGAGCAGCCAACCCAAUUCUACACGGUUGCGUUGGCGCUAGCAAUUACCUGCGGUGGCAAGAUUGAUCAACUUAACUCGAUUCUGGCCUGGAUCUGCGUUGGCACACGCGUUGUGCACAGCUUGGUCCACCACCACAAAUCAUAUAAUGACGCGAUUUGGCGUGUUUGUUCUGUCGUCAAGCAUUUUGGCGGUUAUGACUGGAAGACUGGCCAUGCUUAUUACGAACCCUCCAACCGCCAACUGAGAGUCAGCUAG